AUGCAAUGGCUAGCGACUCUGGUGAACGUGUCCAGAAGAUGGCAGUAUAACCGUUACUGCGUACACGAGGAAGCUCUGUGGCACAUUUUGAAACACCCUGCGUGCUCUCCUCCACCACUGACCCCCAUUUGUGGCUCGCGGACAUUUAAUAGAUGUACGCUCAAUGAACCAUCUCCACAGCUCUCUUCACAGCUGCAUAUGUAUGGCGUUUGUGAAGCUUGGAGGGGAGUUUUGCCAGGCACAGCACCAACUGCUCAUUGUGGACAAGUGAACAGGAGAGUGAGAAGCCACUACUGCCACUGUCGAGAGGUCUUUAGAGACGUCCUAUUGGGCCCUUAUGAGGAAGAUUCACUUGUCACUCCAGUAGAGAUCACUUAUGAUUGCCUGAGGUUUCUGAUCACACACAACCCCACCAACCAACAACUGGGGAAGUUCAUUGAAGAUCUUAAAAGCUUUGGUGUGAACACUCUAGUCAGAGUCUGUGCAGCGACCUAUGAUAAAGCACCAGUGGAACAGGAAGGCAUACAAGUCCUUGAUUGGCCUUUUGAGGAUGGCUCUGCUCCUCCAGAGCAGGUGGUGGACGACUGGCUCCAUUUGCUGCAGACCAAGUUUCGAGAGGAGCCUGGCUCUUGUGUAGCGGUGCACUGCGUGGCAGGACUCGGGCGUGCUCCGGUUCUGGUGGCUUUGGCCUUAAUCGAGUGUGGAAUGGAAUAUGAGGAUGCAGUGCAUUUCAUUAGACUGAAACGCCGUGGGGCAAUCAAUACCAAGCAGCUUCUAUACCUGGAAAACUACAAGCCCAAGCUGUGUCUGCGCUCAAAGGAUGCAAAUGGUCAGAGCUGCUGCAUUCACUGUUUGCGGAGGUUUGCGUUUCCUCUCUGUCCAUGGUUUGAACGCGCGGCCGGCACCAGAGGAAGGAAGAGGGAGAGGAAGAGGGAGGGCGCCAGGGAGAGGAAAGUGUGGAGUAGACUUUUUCCUCAAGCAUCUGGAUCUCGGUCUGGACUCCGACGGGGGGAAAGAAAGAAGGCGCUGGACUUAUGGAAAUUUACCUCAAAGUUGAAGUUAAUGGUGAAAGAAGCUGAACGAAAGGAGCCCAGAGCGAAGACUGAAGAGAAAGUGAAGUUACCGGAGCGCGCAAUGUUACCGGUGAUCCUGACAGUUUACCUCAAUGACACGCAGCAGAUGCUCACAGAGGUGCCCGUUACCCCGGCGACCAGGGUGGUGGACGUGGUGGAGUACUGUAAGGAGGCGGGAGAGGGCGAGUGCCAUCUGGCCGAAGUCUGGAGCGGCCACGAGCGAGUUCUUCCCCAGGAGCUGUUAUUGCUGGACCUCCUGCAGCAGUGGGGAUCCAGGCGGCCUGAGGUCAGCUUCUACCUGCGCCACUGCCCCUCCUGGCCACAAGGGAGUCCGCAGGCUCCGGACCAGAGCUGGACCACUGAAGCCGCAGACAGCACUGAUGACAAGGUUCCUCGUGUGGAGCUGACUCUCUCCGAGCUCCAGGAAAUGGCCACGAGGCAACAGCAGCAGAUCGAGGCUCAGCAGCAGAUGUUGGUCGCCAAGGAGCAGAGGCUGAGGUACGUGCAGCAGGGCGGCUGCGGCAGCCAGGCCCAGUCUCAGUCCGAAGCGGAGAAACUGCAGCGAUUAAAGGAGCGCGUGGAAACACAGGAGGCCAAACUCAAGAAGAUCCGAGCCAUGAGGGGCCAAGUGGACUACAGCAAACUGAUCAAUGGAAACCUGUCGGCAGAGAUCGAGCACGUAAGCAAUCUCUUUCAAGAAAAACAGGCCGAGCUGCAGACGGCCGUCAUCCGGGUCGACCAGCUGACGCAGCAGCUGGACGAUCUGAGGAGAGGUCGUCUGCAGCUGCAUUCGUUAGGGCCUCAGCAGGGAGCACCCACUGGGCCCCAGGGCACUCACAUCAGCGGACAGAAAGGGUCACCUCUGUCCGGGCCGGCGGCCAUCGAGCUGAGGAAACUAUAUCACGAAUUACAGGCCCGAAACCGUCAUAACCUGGAGCAGAGCAGUAAACUGGCCCAAAACAAGGAUCUGCUGAACAAGAGGAACACUCAGGUGACCAUGAUGGACCAGCGCAUCGGAGAUCUGCGAGAGCGGCUGCACAAGAAGAAGGCCGAGUUAACCCGUCUGAAUGGAGGAGGGGCCACGACUCCGGCGAUGUCUUCCCACUCGGGGGGCAAUGUUUCGGGACGUGUGGCAGCGGUGUGUCCUUACAUCCAGGUCCCAUCUGAGAACAGGCAAACCCCUCUGCCUCCGGACCCCCCCACCAAGCCCACCCCUCUCAGUCAUACCCGCUCUCUAUCAGAGGAGGACAGGAGCGCGGUUAAGAAGCCUCCCAGCCAAUGGAAAGUGUCCGAUUUAGACCUGGUCAUCAGUGCGUCCCAGGAGAAGUGGGAGGCUGAUGGUGACAACACCAACGAAGCAUCCUGGCCGAGCAUGAGCAAGAGUUCCUCCGACUGGAGAAACAAAAGUCCUGAGCAGCCGAUUUCCUCCGGCUACGGUACAUACCCCAGUGCCACUCACCAGCUGGCCCACCACACCACCACCAGCUCCCUGCCCCGCUCCGCCCCGGGCACUCUGGGCUGGCCUCGCUCCGGCUCCAACGCCUCAUCCUCCUCCUCACAGCAAAUCCAUCAGCGCAUUUCUGUCCCGCCAAAUCAAGGUUCACUAUCUCCUCAAACAGAGCGGUCGGACCACCCUCCCGCGGUGGCAGUGCGGCCGUACGUCCCGGAGCACUCGUCCAGGCCACAGUCGCCUCGUAAGGGUCCCGCGACUAUGAACAGCAGCUCCAUCUACAGCAUGUAUCUGCACCAGCCCCAGGCCAAGAACUACGGCUCUCUGAGUAACAGAGCUGUCAAAGCAGUGUACGGAAAACCAAUCCUCCCGAACUCCUCCGCCUCCCCGUCCCCGGUCCCCUUCCUCCACGGCGGACUCAAAGCUGAAGACGUCCCGGACAAAGAUGGAGUCCGAGCGGAGGGCAGUGAUGCGGCGGCUCCUCCCAGCGUGGACAGCAUCCCCCGCCCCCUCAGCCCCACUAAACUCACUCCAGUGGCCCAUUCCCAGCUCAGGUAUCAGAGCGAUGCAGACUUGGAGGUUCUCCGCCGUCGUCUUAGCAACGCUCCUCGGCCCCUGAAGAAACGUAGCUCAAUUACGGAACCAGAGGGGCCACAGGGGCCGAACAUCCAGAAACUAUUAUACCAAAGGUUUAACACUCUGGCUGGAGGCAUCGAAGGAGUCUCAGCCAACACUUUUUACCAACCCGAAUGCUUACUGGGCGACAUGGAAAGCCUUCAGCUCUCCAACGGCGGUCUUGAGUCGAGCGAUAAGCAAACGCCCGCUCCUGCCCCAGACGUGGACAGGAAGAGCGCGGACCCUCACCUGCGCCUCUCCCCUUCAUCUGCCGUGAAAGAAGCCCCGAAAGACACGGAAAAAGCCAAUCACGUGCCCCCAUCCAAACCACCGGGCUCCUCCCCCACGCCGGACAGAGCAGAGGACCCCAAUAAUAACAAGAAGAGUAUUAGCCCCGCCCGCCAUUCUGUAGGCCACCCUUCACCGUCACCUUCACCUCCGGCUGCACCAGCACAGCCAAAGGUGAAGAGAACCAACCUGAAGAAGCCGUCGUCGGAGCGCACGGGCCACGGCCUCAGAGUGAAGUUCAACCCUCUGGCGCUGCUGCUGGACGCGUCUCUGGAAGGAGAGUUUGACCUGGUGCAAAGAAUCAUUUAUGAGGUGGAGAACCCCAGCAUGCCGAACGAUGAGGGCAUCACCCCCCUGCACAACGCGGUCUGCGCCGGUCACCACCACAUUGUCAAGUUCCUGCUCGACUUUGGUGUGAACGUGAACGCGGCGGACAGUGACGGCUGGACGCCUCUGCACUGCGCGGCUUCGUGCAACAGCGUGCACCUGUGCAAGAUGCUGGUGGAAUCCGGGGCGGCUAUUUUCGCCACAACUAUUAGUGACGUGGAGACGGCCGCAGACAAGUGUGAAGAGAUGGAGGAGGGAUACACGCAAUGUUCACAGUUUUUAUACGGCGUGCAGGAGAAGCUGGGUGUGAUGAACAAAGGCCUGGUGUACGGCCUGUGGGACUACACGGCGCAGCAGUCUGACGAGCUGUCCUUCUGCGAGGGGGACGCCAUCUCCGUGCUGCGGCGCCGCGACGACACAGAGACCGAGUGGUGGUGGGCGCGGCUCAACGACCGCGAGGGAUACGUGCCCCGCAACCUGCUGGGGCUGUAUCCCAGGAUCAAACCCAGACAGCGCUCACUGGCGUAG